AGUUUUGUGAAAUGAAGGAGAAUUAGGAGAGAGAAGAGUGUGGGGUCAAAAUGAGAGGUGGAAGGCAAUUUGACUAGGAAGGAAGAAAGUGUUACUGGAGUGGUUGACGAAAAAGGCAAAAAAUGAAAAUGCUGACAGGGAUGAAAAAGGGUGGGACAGAACAGCACUAUCUUUAGAAGCAAUGUGGGAGAAUCCAACAGCACACACAAAGAUCUCAUAGGCCACAAGAACUUGUGACUCACAAACUUCUUACCUUUUCCUGAGGUGGCAACAUGUUUUUUCUCCUCUUCCUAAAAUAAAAACCAAACACAACACAACACAAACAAACAAACUUACUUCACCACUUCACCCAUCCCCUCCCUCUGUCACUAUUCAUUAUCCGUUUUCAUAUCAAUUAACAGUGCCAGAGACACCAAAAAAGAGAGUUACUAAAGAGAAGGAGCAAGCAAGCAAGCAGACCAAAGCAACAACAACAAGAGAGAGAGAUAUUCCUGAUCCUGACCCUCGUCACCAUUUUUAUAUCUCAGGAAUGUCAGAGGUUAAAGGCUCUGCCAUAAAGCUCUUUGGAAGGACAAUUUCUCUGCCACACAAUGAUUCUUCUGCACCUCCGACUCUUGCUUCUCCUUCAUCUUCCUCUUCUCCCCCGGAACCUACCUCUGCAACACAACAACACCAAGAACACCAGAACAAUUCAAUUGCUAAUGGGUGUUUUCAAAUCUUGUAAAAGUUUUCUUCUUGGCAUCGUGUCAAUUCAGUCGAAUUCAGGGCCUGCUGCAAUUUCUGUGGAACCACUAACGAAAGAACUUACCUCACUUAAAGACGAUGAUGCCUCAUCACAUGAAACCACAGAGGAUUUAAAAUCUGCCGUUUCAGGCAUACUCGAGAAUCCAAAGACUCCCUCAGCGGAAACAGAGACAUCACUGCAGAAAUCUCCCGAAAACGAAGAACAGAGCGAGACAAGUGCUUCUGAAGAAAAAACACCAAAGAAACCUGACAAGAUACUUCCAUGUCCGCGGUGCAAUAGCAUGGAUACCAAAUUCUGCUACUACAACAACUACAAUGUCAACCAGCCUCGUCAUUUCUGCAAGAACUGUCAGAGAUACUGGACUGCAGGAGGAACAAUGAGGAAUGUGCCCGUGGGUGCUGGUCGCAGAAAAAACAAGAACACUUCGGCUGCAGCUGUAUCACAUUACCGACAGAUAUUGAUGCCGGAGGCAUUUCAGGGAGCUACACUUAAUGCCUCCAGUGGAUUGCAUAAUGCCCUUUUGGGGAAUGGAGCAGCUGUGUUGACUUUCGGUCCUGACACCCCUCUCUGUGACACCAUGAGUUCUGUGUUGAACAUUGCUGAGCGAGCCCAAAGUUGUGUAUCAAAUGGGUUUCAUGCAACUGAGCCAAAUGGUUCUGUUGAUGGGUGUGGUCAUUCUACUGGAGUUUCUGUUUCAACAACUUCAAAUUCCAGCCAUGCUAGCUCACAUGAAUCAGUUGAUAAAAGAGUUGAAGGUUUCACUCCUCAGUUAUCAUACUUCCCAGGUGCCCCUUGGCCUUAUCCUAUGCCUCCUCCUACAUUUUGCCAACCUAGGUACCCUUUAUCAUUCUAUACUACACCAGCAUAUUGGAGUUGUAUGCCACCCUCUUGGAAUAUGUCAUGUAUGUCGUCCCAAUCUUCUGUCAGCAACACUGUCUCUGCCCCCAUUUUAGGGAAACACUCAAGGAAUGGGAACAUCAUCACCCCAUCGAACAAACAGAAAGAAAUACAUAACAGUUCAGAGCACAAUUUCUUGAUUCCCAAGACUCUUAGAAUCGACGACCCUGGUGAAGCUGCAAAGAGUUCCAUGUGGUCAAAACUAGGAACCAAGAAUGACAGGGCCAGUUCUGGAGGCCUUUUCCAAGCUUUUCCACCCAAGGGAAAUGAGAUGAACCACAGGGUUGAAGCAUCACCACAGUUGCAAGCCAACCCUGCAGCUCUAUCGCGCUCUCUCACCUUCCAUGAACGGACCUGAACGGGAAUCACGGUGAGGCAAGUCAGAUUCUCAUUGUGCUUAUGCAUUGAUAUGAAAAACGAGGUUUAUGCAAGUAGAACCCCAUUUUGAUGAAAAGUGUUUUUUCUUUCCCUCAAGAAAUUGUUUUAUUGAACAACCUCUGUGCAGGAUUCCUAGGAGCAAAUUGUUUCUUUAUGGCUUCCCUAGCUACCAUCUUCAGUCAUUUAAACUGAACAGGUGUUUUUGCUGCAUAAUUAGGAGAUCUGUUGAGUAAAUAUCUUGGUGUAUAGAUAUAGAUAUAUAUAUAUAUAAAUGAGACAAGGAAAACUAGGAGGAGAAGAAACAAUGGCAAGGAGAUUCUUAGACUGAAAUCCAAUGGUUUAGAAUACACAUGCAAAUCUUCAUUGGAAUUCUCUUGUUAUUUUUUCCCUUUUUUAUUUUACAGAUUCUCUACUUUAAUAAUGUUAGUCCCAGAUUAUGAUAUUUAUGUAAGCUUUCUUUAUUUUA